UAACAUUUUCACUUAAUGUGUAUGUAACUUGUGUGGCAGCUUGGAAUGGUGUUUUCCCUAUCGCACUGAAGGUGGCAUUGUUAUACCGGGCAUCUCCUUCCGCUCUUAUAGGUGUAUUGGCAAGUCCACAUUUCUCGUUAAGCUCUUGAAUGUCCUGCCUUAUUUUCUUCAUGCUGUUUUUGCUCACAUCAGUGAUGAUUUUGCCUACUUUGUUGCAAGUCUGAUGAAUGUUGGUGGCUGAUGCUGGUUCGAUGUUUGCGCAAAGAAGCAUACCACGCAUGCCCUCUGUUGUAAGGCUGGUACCCAAGUGGCCGACAGCCAUGGCAACAUUAAACUGUGCGGCUCUCCGUCCCCUUCCUGAUCGACUGACUUCCUCGUACAGCUUUUCACGGUGACUGGUGUAAUGGCACUUCUUACAUCGAAUGUAAAGGAUCCAUGCCAGGCCUCUCUUUUCCUCCCCAUGCUGGUUCCAGUCCAGUGAACUGUCAAAGUCCCGGAAUUUCUUCCGCGACAGGAGAAGGAAUGAAGUUGGCAGGACUUUCCGCACUGUCCUUGGUAGCAGCUGAUGAUGGAACGGACAGCAGUUUACAUGGCCCGUUUCAUCAAAGAUGCACCGGAAGCAGCAGCACUAUCUCCAUCACUGGUGAAAUGGGAAAUGAUGAGUGGACAGUCAUCACUUUGCAGCUCACUGAUUCAUUUUGCAGCCCAUCUCUUUUUGUCUUUAAUGGUGGUCUCUGGAGGAAUGGUUGCAGUGCAGCCUUCAUGUCCGGGGCAGCUUGGAAUGGUGUUUUCCCUAUCGCACUGAAGGUGGCAUUGUUAUACCGGGCAUCUCCUUCCGCUCUUAUAGGUGUAUUGGCAAGUCCACAUUUCUCGUUAAGCUCUUGAAUGUCCUGCCUUAUUUUCUUCAUGCUGUUUUUGCUCACAUCAGUGAUGAUUUUGCCUACUUUGUUGCAAGUCUGAUGAAUGUUGGUGGCUGAUGCUGGUUCGAUGUUUGCGCAAAGAAGCAUACCACGCAUGCCCUCUGUUGUAAGGCUGGUACCCAAGUGGCCGACAGCCAUGGCAACAUUAAACUGUGCGG